AUGCCCUUGCCCCGUGCAGCCCGGGCCCCGCCCCGGGACCUCAGCGUAGGGCGGGCAUUCGUGGCCGAACAGCCCCCUCCAGCCUUGUCUGCCUCGUCUGGAAAAGGCGGGGACAAUGGACGUGGUCCCCCCUGCGUGGGCCACAGUGCUCCUUCCACCGUCACCCCUGCUCCAGGGGCAAGUCAGAGCCCAUCAGCCCACCCACCCACAGCCUUCACUCUCCCUUCUGCUUCCCCUCCUCCCCUUCCUCCUCCUCCUCCCACUCCUCCUCCUCCUCCCCCUCCUCCUCCCCUUCCUCCUCCUCCUCCUCCUCCCCCUCCUCCCCUUCCUCCUCCCUCUUCCUCCCCUUCCUCCUCCUCCUCCCACUCCUCCUCUCCUCCUUCUUCACCUUCUUCUCCUUCCUCUCCUCCUCCCCCUCCUCCUCCCCUUCCUCCUUCCCCCCCUCCUCCUCCCCCUCCUCCUACCCUUCCCCCUCCUCCUCCCACUCCUCCUCCCCCCCCUCCUCCCCCCCCUCCUCCUUCUCCCCCUCCUCCUCCUCCCCCUCCUCCUCUUCUCCCUCCCCUUCCUCCUUCUCCACCUCCUCCUCCUUUCCCUCCUCCUCUUCCCUCUCCUCCCCCUCCUCCUCCCCUUCCUCCUCCUCCUCCACCUGCUCCUUCUGUUCCUUCUCCUCCUCUUCUUCCUCCUUCUCCUCUUUUUUCCGCCUCAUUCUCCUCCCUCUUCCCCCCCCCCCCCCUCCCCCCCCCCCUCCCCUCCCUCCCCCCUCUUCCCCCACUUCCUCCUCCUCCUCCCCCUCCUCCUCCUCCUCCCCCUCCUCCUCCCCCUCCUCCUCCCCUUCCUUCUCCCCCCCUUCCUCCUCCCCCUCCUCCUCCCCUUCCUCCUCCUCCUCCUCCCACUCCUCCUCCUCCUCCCCCUCCUCCUCCCCUUCCUCCCCCCCCCCCCCCCCCUCCCCCCCCCCCUCCUCCCCCUCCUCCUCCCCCUCCUCCUCCCCCUCCUCCUCCCCCUCCUCCUCCUCCUCCUCCCUCUCCUCCUCCUCCUCCCCCUCCUCCUCCCCUUCCUCCUCCUCCACCUCCUCCUCCCCCUCCUCCUCCCCUUCCUCCUCCUCCUCCUCCCACUCCUCCUCCUCCUCCCCCUCCUCCUCCUCUUCCUCCUCCUCCCCCUCCUCCUCCCCCUCCUCCUCCUCUUCCUCCUUCUCCACCUCCUCCUUUCCCUCCUCCUCUUCCCUCUCCUCCCCCUCCUCCUCCCCCUCCUCCUUCUCCUCCACCUGCUCCUCCUCCUCCUCUUCCUCCUUCUGCUCUUUCUGUUCCUCCCCCUCCUCCUCCUUCUCCCCCUCCUCCUCCUCCCCCUCCUCCUCUUCUCCCUCCUCUUCCCAUUUCUCCUCCUCCUCCCCCUCCUCCUCCCCCUCCUCCUCCUCCUCCUCCUCCCCCUCCU